CCCCAAUCCUCUUAUCAGAGAUGGCGUCCUUUCAUCUCGCCCUCUUACUUGUCGUCGUGUUUUACGCGCAUCUCCAGACCGAGUGUAGCGAUGGCGCUAAGAUCGUGGGUUACCCGAUGAUGGGGGGAAGCCAGUACAUUGGGAUGAAGAGGAUCGCGCAAGAGUUAGCCGCCAGAGGACAUGAGGUAACCCUGUUAGUCAGCUCAAUCCAGAAGAUCAAGCCAACAGAAGGAAUCACUCAUGCUGUCUACCAAGCACCAGUGGACAAGAACUAUAUGGAGCAGAUGGUUUCCCGUGUCAUUCAGAAUGGUGUCAAGGAAAUAUUUAGUAAAACAGGGCUGCUGGGUGUAAUGCCAUCAUUCUGUGAAGCCACGUUGAAUUCUACUGAUAUAAUAGACCUCAUGAAAGAGUUUGAUAUUAUGAUUUCUGACACGUCGAUGCCUUGUGGUCCCGUGCUCGCCGAAUAUUUGAACAUAACAAGAGUGGACUACUGUCCCGGCUCACCAAGGAUUCCCCUAUUAUACCAGUACCAUGCCCCAACUUUUCCAUCCUACGUCCCCCUAUUAUUGGCAGGAAACCCAGCUAGAAUGAACUUCUUACAAAGAGUUAAAAACACUUUGGUUUACUUGGCUGGGCAAACAAUGAUGAGACUGGUGAUGUUUCCAAAGUAUGAUAAUAUUAAGCAAAGGUAUAAUAUCAAUCCUGAGUUGAGUUUUAGUGAGAGUUUGGGCAGAGCCGAGAUGGUAUUAUUCCUGGCAGAUCAUGCUCUGGAUUAUCCCUUCCCUUUGUUACCAGCACACAAGUUAAUCGGUCCGGUGAACAUCCAGCCUCCCCGACCCCUCUCCCCAGAGUUCCAACAGAUAGUUAACAAGUCAGAUGGCGUCAUCAUCGUAUCGUUCGGCUCAAAUAUCGCAGCCAUUGCUGAUAAAGAAGUCGAUGUUUUGGCAGAGGCGUUUGGUCGCCUCAAAGAGACAGUCUUUUGGCGACAGAAAGGGUACAUUCCGGCCAAUCUGAGCCCCAACAUCAAAACCGUUGAAUGGCUUCCUCAGAAUGAUCUCCUGGCGAAUGAAAAAACGCGCGUGUUUGUGUCACAUCUUGGCCAGAACAGCUUGUAUGAGGCUGGCUAUCACGGGAUUCCUUUGGUUGGUGUUCCCUUAUUUGGUGAUCAGUCGGAAAACGCUGUGCUUGUGGAGGAUAAGGGACUGGGACUAGCAGUCGAUAUCCACACGGUGACGGCUGACGAGUUGUACCGAACGAUACGACGAGUUAUCGACGAGCCCCGAUUCAAAGAAAAUGCGGCGCGUAUUUCCCGCCUGAUGCAAGACCGCCGACGCUCCCCGACAGAGGAAGCUGCUGAUUGGAUAGAAUACACACUACGUCACAAAAGAUUGACACAUCUUCGCCCCGCCUCUGUCCACCUUACUUGGUACCAGUACUUUCUUCUUGACGUCAUACUCUUCAUGGGCGCGGUUCUGCUAUCUGUUGCCAUGGUGACCAUACUCGUCAGCUCAAUUCAGAAGACCAAGCCAACCACAGGGAUUGCUCACGCCGUGUAUAAGGUACCAGUCGAAGAAAACUUCAUGGAAAACCUUGUAACGCAAUCCAUGAAGAAUGGCCUCAUGUAUAUGUUUAGUGAAAAGGGCAUGUUUGGUUCGCAAAAGCUGUUCUGUGAAUGUGCUCUUAACGCAUCCGAUAUUCUAGAACCUUUGAAAAAAUUUGAUCUCGUCCUCGCAGACAACUCUAGGCUUUGUGGUGUAGUUCUGGCCGAGUAUUUGAAUGUACCCCGAGUUGACUACAGCCCCGUAGCCCCCAGGAGCCCGGUAAUCUACCAAGCUCACGGUCCAUCCUUCCCGUCUUAUGUUCCGCUGAUAUUGUCAAGGAACCCAGCAAGAAUGAACUUCUUACAGCGACUCAAAAACACUCUUGUCUUCGUGGUGGAGCAAAUGAUGACAAGGUUCUUGAUUUUCCCACUCUUUGACGAUAUAAAGCAAAGAUAUAAUAUCAAUCCUGAAAUGAGUUACGGGGAGAGUUUUGGCAACGCAGAGAUGACACUUUUUCUAGCGGACCACGCCCUGGACUACGCUUUCCCUCUACUACCAGGACACAAAUUGAUUGGUGGUAUAAACAUUGAGCCAGCCCGACCCCUUUCCCCAGAGUUUCAACAUAUAGUUAACAAGUCAGAUGGCGUCAUCGUUGUAUCGUUUGGUUCAAAUUUUGCCGCCAUUGCUGACAAAGAAGUCGAUGUUUUGGCAAGGGCGUUUGGUCGCCUCAAAGAGACAGUUAUUUGGAGGCAAAAAGGGUACAUUCCGGCCAAUCUGAGCCCAAACAUCAAAACCGUUGAAUGGCUUCCUCAGAAUGAUCUCCUGGCGAAUGAGAAAACUCGCGUGUUUGUGUCACAUCUUGGCCAGAACAGCUUGUAUGAGGCUGGCUAUCACGGGAUUCCUUUGGUGGGUGUUCCCUUAUUUGGUGAUCAACCCGACAACGCUGUGCUUGUGGAGGAUAAGGGACUGGGACUAGCAGUCGAUAUCCACACGGUGACGGCUGAUAAGUUGUACCGAACGAUACGACGAGUUAUCGACGAGCCCCGAUUCAAAGAAAACGCGGUGCGUAUUUCCCGCCUGAUGCAAGACCGCCGACGCUCUCCGACAGAGGAAGCUGCUGAUUGGAUAGAAUACACAUUACGACACGGAAGAUUGACACAUCUUCGCCCCGCCUCAAUCCACCUGACUUGGUACCAGUACUUUCUCCUAGACGUCAUGCUCUUCAUGGGCGUGGUUCUGCUGUCUGUUGCCAUGGUGAUCAGACUUGUCUUAAAACUUGUCUGCUCGUGUUUUUGUCGAAAGAGAACGAAGACUAAGACACAAUAGAAGGCAUAGACACGAUAGAAAAAAAGACGCAAUAGAAGACAAAGACACAGUAGAAAGCAAAGAACCAUUAGAAGGCGAUAGAAGAAGACGCGAUGGACGACAAAGACGCAAA